UGAAGCUCUCAACUAAGCAAACGGCGCGCUCCUCUCAAAUUCUCAGUCGCCGGGGAACCACCUCGCCGGCACCGUCAAAAACACCACCGAUCACUUUUUCCGACGCGCCUCAAAUCCACCAAUGGCUUCGGUUCCUUCAAAGCUCUAUGCCGAUGACGUCAGCCUUCUGAUGGUCUUAUUAGACACCAACCCCUUCUUCUGGAGCUCAUCGUCUCUCCCAUUCUCCAAGUUCCUCUCCCAUGUGCUUACAUUUUUAAACUCGAUUUUACUGCUUAAUCAGCUCAACCAAGUGGUGGUCAUUGCUACCGGGUACAGUUCAUGUAGCUACAUCUACGAUUCGGAUUCGGCGCCGAGCCAGGGCUCUGAUCAGGGGAGAAUGCCGGCUCUUUGCUCCAACUUGCUGCAGAAUCUGGAGGAGUUUGUGGCCAAAGAUGAGCAGUUACUGAAGGAAGGCUCGGCCGAAGGGAUUCCUUCAUCGUUGUUAUCGGGGUCGUUGUCAAUGGCUUUGUGCUAUAUACAGAGAGUUUUUCGAUCAGGACCACAGCAUCCUCAUCCCAGGAUUUUAUGCUUACAGGGAUCGUCAGAUGGUCCUGAGCAAUAUGUUGCAAUCAUGAAUGCAAUAUUUUCUGCACAGCGAUCUAUGGUUCCUAUAGACUCUUGCUAUAUGGGCUCUAGUAACUCUGCCUUCCUACAGCAGGCUUCAUACAUUACUGGUGGUGUAUAUCUGAAGCCCCAACAGCCAGAUGGACUGCUUCAGUACCUUACGACAGUUUUUGCCACUGAUUUGCAUUCCCGAGCAUUUUUACAGCUUCCGAAAUCUUCUGGAGUGGAUUUUCGUGCUUCGUGCUUUUGCCAUAAAAAAACUAUAGACACUGGGUACAUCUGUUCUGUGUGCUUGUCCAUAUUCUGCAAGCAUCACAAGAAAUGUUCAACUUGUGGGUCAGUAUUUGGUCAAGCUCAGUCAGAAGCUUCCUCAAAAGCCAACAAAAAAAGAAAGGCUUCAGACACCUGAUGAUGGUAUCCAAAAGCGUUCCUGAGAGAGAGCCAUCACAAAAUCUUUUUUGUUCACAUUUACCGGCGCUGAUGAUAUAUCUGCACGCUGUCCAGACCUUAAGCGGAGCAUCUUUUGUGGAAGCAAGAUAAGAUCCGGCCGUCAUCGAAGUAAAGAUGGACCUAUUCAUGAUAUUCAUGAUUUAUCAACCUGGUCUCUUGUCAAGAGCAAUUGCAGAAUGUAUUCAUGAAUUACAUAUUUCUUGCGAUCCUA